CUUCCCCAGUAAAAUAUAUAGGGAUAGCAGCCGAUGCAGACGUCUUUGCCAUUGAGCAAAGCAAUUUCAGUUCACAGAUCGGUGCAGCGCCUACACAGAUUAGAUCGAAGAAAAGAGGAAAAUGGGGACCGAUGAAGUAUCGUUAGACGAUAAAGCUAAGCGAACGAGAGAUCUUCUCUCCAGUUUCUACUCUCAGGACCCUUCCGUGCCGUCCAACUCCAGCAUUGGGUCGUCAAGAUCCCUCACUCUUGAUGACAUCAAUUCCACCUCCUUCGAUCCUGAUCACUACAUGAAUAACCUGGUACAAAAGUCGAAUUUGGAAGGCCUGCUCCAGAGGCAUGUUGAAAUGGCGGCUGAAAUUAAGAAUCUUGACACUGACCUGCAAAUGUUGGUCUACGAGAAUUAUAAUAAGUUCAUCAGCGCCACAGAUACAAUAAAGAGGAUGAAAAGUAACAUUUCCGGGAUGGAAGCAAAUAUGGAACAGCUUCUUGAGAAGAUAAUGUCUGUGCAAUCAAUGAGUGAUAUUGUUAACACUUCUCUUUAUGAGAAAAGAGAGCAUGUAGAGAAACUACAUCGGACUUGCAAUCUUCUUCGUAAAGUUCAGUUCAUAUAUGAUCUACCUGAUAGAUUAAGAAAAUGCAUCAAAUCAGAGGCCUAUGCUGAUGCAGUCAGGUUCUUCACUGGAGCAAUGCCAAUCUUUAAGGCAUAUGGAGACUCAUCAUUCCAAGAUUGCAGACAAGAGUCUGAAAAAGCAAUCGCUAUCAUAAUAAAUAAUUUGCAGGGAAGGCUAUUUUCUGAUUUGGAAUCUAUGCAAGUGAGAUCUGAGGCUGCAGUGCUCCUUAAGCAGCUGGACUUUCCGGUGGAAAAUUUGAAGGCAAAGCUACUUGAGAAGUUGGAACAGUCUAUUACUGACAUUCAUCUGAACCCGGAAGAGAUAAACAAGGCUCCAACGGAUCCUUCUCCUUUUGCUUCUGCUCAUGAGGCACAUGUUCGAGAGUUUGUGGAGGCAGUUCGUGCUUUUCGAGUAAUAUUUCCUGAUUCAGAAAAGCAAUUGAACAAUCUUGCUCAAGACUUGAUUACCAAGAACUUUAUAAUUACCGAGGAAUAUGUAAAGAGACGAAUUUGUGCAGCUGAUCUACUUGGGAUCUUACGAGUUGUUUGGAAUGAUGUGCUCCUGGUUGAUGGUGUCUUAGAGGAAGCUGCUCUCUCUGACUGCACUAUUGAGGCUUCGAAGGUUACUGUCAGGCUGUAUGUUAGCAGUGCGUUAUCUCAUCUUCUGCAAGAUAUAUCAGAUUCCCUCUUAAAAGUCCUGAAAAAGGAAAAGGUGGAAGAUUACUCUCUGCAAGUUGCUUUAGAUACUAGCACAAGAGCAGUUCUCCAAGGCAGCACAAAUGUCCUGCUGGACUUCCGCAAAAUUCUUGAUGAUAAUUCUGGGCUAGUUGUUAGACUAAGAGAGGUCAUUAUUGAUAUCGUUCAAGAAGAAUUGCAAGAUUUUUUCAGGCAACUUGAGGACAAGUUCCUUUUAUUUUCUGGAAGAAAUGUUGCUUCUGCCAUUCAAGUUCAGGGUGCGACAGAGGGAGCUCAAGGUGACAAAGCUAUUGCUGGCCUCAUCCUAGUACUGUCACAGCUUUCUGCUUUUAUUGAACAAACUACCAUACCAAGAAUCACUGAGGAAAUAGCAGCUUCCUUUUCUGGUGGUAGUGCUAGAGGGUAUGAACAUGGACCUGCCUUUGUUCCUGGAGAGAUUUGUCGGAAAUUUAGAUCAGCGGGUGAAAAAUUCCUUCACCAGUACAUAAAUAUGAGAACUCAGAAGAUAUCACUUCUCCUGAAGAAGAGGUUUAACACACCUAACUGGGUUAAGCAUAAGGAGCCGAGGGAAGUUCAUAUGUUUGUGGAUUUGUUCUUUCAAGAGGUUGAAGUAAUAGGUAAUGAAGUGAAGCAGAUUUUGCCUCAAGGGAAGCGCAGACACCGCAGGACUGAUAGUAAUGGAAGUACUGCCUCAUCAAGGAGCAACCCUUUGCGUGAAGAGAAACUCAGCAGGUCAAAUACUCAGAGAGCGAGAAGCCAGCUUUUAGAGACACAUUUAGCUAAACUGUUUAAGCAGAAGGUUGAAAUAUUCACCAAAGUAGAAUACACACAGGACUCCGUUGUUACAAUGAUAGUGAAAUUGUGCCUAAAAAGUCUACAAGAAUUCUCUCGACACCAGACUUUUAAUCGGAGUGGAUUUCAGCAAAUUCAGUUGGAUAUUCAGUUCCUAAGGACUUCUUUAAGAGACAGAGUUGAAGACGAAGCCGCCAUGGACUUCUUGCUUGAUGAGGUGACUGUUGCUGCAGCAGAGCGAUGCCUUGAUCCAGUUCCUUUGGAACCCCCAAUACUGGACAAACUUAUACAAGCCACAAAAACUAAGGAACGUGACACAGUAACUUCAUGAUCAUUUAAUGGUAAUGGACUAUAGAGGCGACGAUCCAAUUUACCUUUCAUAUCUGCUGCGCAGCUGAUACAUCCCUUCCGGAGCUAUUGAGGUUGUCGAGCUAAAGAGCCGCAUGUAUUUGCUUCAAUUUUAGCUGACAUCCGUUUUCGGGAUCAAUUGAAGUCACCCUUCAAGCAUUCAGAGUCUUGUUAAUUGUCAACUCUCGUGGAAACUGGUAGUUCUUAGGCCGGAUUCCUUUUAAUCAUGUAAAUCUGUUGUAAACUCGUAAUGUAUAACGGGUGUCAAGGUUACGCUAAUUACAUGGAGAAUCGGACAAUACUGAUGCGAAUGAGUCUCAA